GACGUGGUUCGCUGACGUAAAUUAACAGAAACCUCAGCGCGCUUUUCUUUUCUUCUUGUAUUACACUUUCGAUUCUAGAAAAACAAAAAUUGAAAAGUGUAAAAUCUCCGAAACAUCUUCGAGUUCGACUCUACAAUUUAUACUAUUCAAUUUCUCCAAAUUACGUCCUUACCUCUAAUUUCACUGAUUCCCUUGUUUAUUUGUUAAUAAUAAGUGCUGUUGAUUCUUCAAUUUAAAAUCUAAAAUGGCGCCUUUCAUGUCAACCACAAAAGCACUCCGCUCCUUAAUUACGAAUAGAAACGCUGCUAAAUGUUUAAUCAGAUCGACAAAGAACCAGACCUCUAAUUUUAAUCAUAUGCGACCUUACAGUAGCAUUGCUCACAUAUCAACACCAUCGGUACAUGAAUUGAUUGAUGGAGAUAAUGAUUUUAGGAGUCACAAUUUUAGCUCUACAUUAGGAGGCUUGUGUAAUUAUAAUAAAUCUCAGAGGAGACAGUUUCUCGGUUGCGGAGAUGGCGAAGAAGGCGGUGUUUUAUCAAAAGUUUACGAAGAGAGACUCGUUCUAGGUUAUUUUCCAGAGCAGUUAUAUGAUGUGGUUGCAGCUGUUGAUUUUUAUCAUGGAUUUGUUCCGUGGUGUCAACGUUCUGAGAUAAUUAGACACUAUCCUGAUGGAUCAUUUGAUGCUGAGUUGGAGAUCGGUUUUAAAUUUCUUGUUGAGAGUUACGUUUCUCAUGUUGAAUUGCAGAGACCUAAAUCAGUAAAGACGACAGUAUCAGAGAGUACUCUUUUUGAUCAUUUGAUAAACAUUUGGGAGUUCAACCCGGGACCCGUCCCAGGAACUUGUGACCUCCAUUUUAUGGUGGAUUUUAAGUUCCAGUCACCACUUUACAGACAGGUGGCAUCUGUGUUCUUCAAGGAAGUGGUCUCUCGACUGGUUGGUUCAUUCAGCGAACGCUGCCGCUUGAUAUAUGGACCAGGAGUCCCAGUCCUUGAGAACUCAUAUGAACAGAAGGCAUAAAAUUCUUUUUUUUUUUAUUUAAUUCCAAUACUCCAUAUGUAUACACUGUAUGUGAUCAAAUUUUAUUUACGGUACUUUGGAUGAAAAAUUAGCAAGGCUGCAGAAUUAUGACCCCUGCUUUUUUUGGGCUUUUUUUUGAUUCGGAGUAGUAAAUGAUGCUAACUUGUGCUUCCAUGGCUACAGAAAACUGCCUUGGGUUUUACAUUAGUCUUAGUUGACUAAAUUAAAAAUUUCAUUUAGCCCAUGAUA